GAGAGAGAGAGAGAGAGAGGGAGGGAGAGAGAGAGAGGGAGGGAGAGGGAGAGAGUCAGAGACAGAGACAGACAGAGACAGAGAGACAGAGACCGAGAGAGUUAGGGGAGGACCCUCCAAGUAGCAGGUGAGAAAGGGAAACGUGGUCCAGAGUUCUCAUUCUCUUGGGAGGAGAUAGAGGUGUGCUGCCUCAGGCAGCAAGAAAGCCUUGGCCAGGAAAGCUAAGGAGACAGUUAGGAGGUAGGUCACAGCCUUGAUACAGUUCACUCCCACGGUCCCCCAACCAGAGCCCCAUCUGCUCCGUACACGAUCCUGCUACCAAUGACAGAGUUCAACAGCCUGAAUUGAAAUAACCAGAAUUCAGUCUUGUCCACUUGGUUUCACUCCGUAACCUCCUAGACUGCAACUUGCCACUCUAACAUCUCGUCCUGCCUUUCAGCAGCUUUGUUGUGCAGCGUCAGUCUCGGCAGCGGCGGCGGCGGCGGCGGCGGCAGCAGAGGCUGUAGAAGCAGCAGCAGGGGCAAGGGCAGCUGCAGGAGUAGCAGCAGGGGCAGCAACGGCAGCGGCAGCGGUAGUGGCUGCAACAGUCCCAGCCACCCUGGCGGGCGCCGCCUGCCACCGCUCCCCCCCCCUCCGCACAAGUGUGAAGCAGCUCCUGCUCCAGGGCACGCUCUGCUUACCGCUCCCAAGGGCUUCCUCUUCUUUUUAAACUCAGAAAAAAGCCACCCCCACCCAGCGCCCCCUUCCAAACGAUUAAUAGCCCUUGAAAUUGGGGAAGGGACCCCUCUCCUCAGGAAAGAACGAAUGUUUGACAACUACCAGAGUGGGGGCUGCCUCUUUACUUUUUUUGUUUUGUUUUGAAAGUCAACCAAAAGUUUUGGCCCCAUUCUUUCUUCUUUCCCGACUGAGCCUAGACUUCUCUCACCGAUUCCCACCCUUCUCUCCCACUUUCAUACUCUAGUUAUUUGGGUGGGGGGGUUCGGGUAGCUGAAGGGGAUGUCCUGCUUUUACCAGAAGAACAGCAGAGAGGGGAAACUUCGACAUCAAGAAGGGAGGAGAAUAAAUAAAUAAAUACAUACCUAUAUACUCUCUAUACAAACGGAUCAGCGACUUAAAAAAAAAAGUUAAAAAUUGCGGCUGUCUGGGCACCAGCAGGAAGCACUCAUGAGUACUUUUAUGGUUACAAGAGUACCGUGCAUUACAAUGCCAGAACCCAAGGAAUCCGCAAGAGACCUUCAAAACCAUACCAGAAUUCCUCAGUAUGCCAUAUAAACAUAUGGAGCAGUCGAGGAGAAAAACAAGUUAGAAAUUCUACUUUUAAUUUAAAGGGAAAGCUACUUGUACUUGGGAGGGAAAAGAAAAGUGAGAAAACCACAUGGAAGACUCACAGGAUUUAAAUGAACAAUCAGUAAAGAAAACGUGCUCAGAAACAGAUGUUUCAGAACCUCAGAAUUCCAGGUCUAUGGAAAUGCAGGACCUAGCAAGUCCUCAUACACUUGUUGGAAGUAGUGAUACUCCUGGUAGCUCCAAACUGGAUAAAUCUAAUCUCAGCAACACAUCAGUUACAACAAAUGGGACAGGAGGGGACACCAUGACUGUUUUAAAUACUGCAGACUGGUUACUGAGUUGCAACACUCCUUCUUCUGCAACAAUGUCUCUUCUUGCAGUCAAAACAGAGCCCAUGAACAACAGUGAAACAACCACAACAACUGGAGAUGGAGCGCUUGACACUUUUACUGGGUCAGUAAUAACGAGUAGUGGCUACAGUCCCAGAUCAGCACAUCAGUACUCUCCACAAUUGUAUCCCUCCAAGCCCUAUCCACACAUUCUUUCUACACCAGCAGCUCAAACAAUGUCUGCCUAUGCUGGACAGACUCAAUAUUCAGGAAUGCAGCAGCCAGCAGUGUACACAGCCUACUCACAGACAGGACAACCUUACAGCUUACCCACUUACGAUUUAGGUGUGAUGUUGCCAGGCAUCAAGACAGAAAGUGGACUUUCACAAACCCAGUCACCACUACAGACGGGGUGCCUCAGUUACAGUCCAGGGUUUUCUACCCCCCAGCCAGGCCAAACACCUUAUUCUUACCAAAUGCCAGGUUCUAGUUUUGCACCAUCAUCCACUAUUUAUGCAAAUAAUUCUGUUUCUAAUUCAACGAAUUUCAGUAGCUCACAGCAGGAUUAUCCAUCAUAUACAGCCUUUGGCCAAAACCAAUAUGCACAGUAUUAUUCAGCAUCAACGUAUGGAGCAUAUAUGACUUCAAAUAACACAGCUGAUGGCACAUCUUCAUCUUCAUCAACAUAUCAGCUGCAGGAAUCUCUCCCUGGACUGACUAGUCAACCAGGUACAGAUCUCCAUUCAGGAGAUUUUGAUACAGUGCAGAGCCCUUCCACACCCAUCAAAGACCUUGAUGAGAGAACAUGUAGGAGUUCUGGGUCAAAGUCCCGAGGAAGAGGCCGGAAGAAUAAUCCAUCACCUCCACCAGACAGUGACUUGGAGCGUGUAUUUGUCUGGGAUUUGGAUGAAACCAUCAUCGUUUUUCACUCACUGCUUACAGGGUCCUAUGCACAGAAGUAUGGCAAGGAUCCCCCAAUGGCAGUAACCCUGGGACUACGAAUGGAGGAAAUGAUUUUUAACCUUGCUGACACACAUUUAUUUUUUAAUGAUUUGGAGGAAUGUGAUCAAGUUCAUAUAGAUGAUGUUUCUUCUGAUGAUAAUGGUCAAGACUUAAGUACCUACAGCUUUGCAACUGAUGGCUUCCAUGCAGCUGCAAGUAGUGCAAACCUUUGUUUGCCAACAGGUGUAAGAGGAGGGGUUGACUGGAUGAGGAAGCUGGCUUUUCGUUACAGAAGAGUAAAAGAAUUAUAUAAUACCUACAAGAACAAUGUAGGAGGACUCCUUGGCCCAGCUAAGAGAGAUGCAUGGCUGCAAUUAAGAGCAGAGAUUGAAGGUCUAACAGACUCCUGGCUGACAAAUGCACUUAAAUCCUUAUCAAUUAUUAGUACUAGGAGUAACUGUGUAAAUGUCUUGGUAACAACAACUCAGCUUAUCCCAGCACUUGCAAAAGUCCUACUCUAUAGUUUGGGAGGUGCUUUUCCUAUUGAAAAUAUUUACAGUGCAACUAAAAUAGGAAAAGAAAGUUGCUUUGAGCGAAUAAUGCAAAGGUUUGGCAGAAAAGUAGUAUAUGUUGUAAUUGGGGAUGGUGUAGAAGAAGAACAGGCAGCAAAAAAGCACAACAUGCCUUUUUGGAGGAUAUCAAGUCAUUCAGACCUCUUGGCUCUACAUCAAGCAUUGGAACUAGAAUAUUUGUAACUCUGUUCUAUUGUUGGAGAUCCAUUUUUGUUUUUGUUGGUUUUUUUAUAUGUAUCUCAAGUACACUGAAUUUUUAUGUGUGAUUCAAUGCCUCUGGCUUUACACAUAUAAAUUGUCUUAAAGGAUGAAAUCAUAUUUGGAAUGAAAAUUCCAGAAGGAAGAAUUCAGAUUGCUGAAUGGAAUUAAAACUUUAGUGCUACAGAAAGGAAGCUCUAUGGUCUUAUUUGUGCAACACUUUAAUGAAUUAUAAAACUGUGGAGGUUGCUGGUACACACCGAAUGAGUCCUAACUGGAGUUAAACAGCUUUAGCAAAGAACUCUUAUGUUGGCAAAGCAGCAACACACAUUUCCCGUCUGACAAAGUGGUGUUCAACAACAUUCCUCAAUAUGGGAUAUAUUCUCAGCACUGAGGUUUGAAUCAGACUUUAGCCUCCCUAACCCAGAAAAUCUGAAUCGGAAUGCACUCAGACUGUAUAAUGACAAUUCUGUCUAGACCUGUAAUUUGUGUAAAUUAUUGAUGAAAAUAAUUUACUGUGACUUUAUUAGCAGCUGACUUUGGAAAUGGAUGCAAUUUUUUCUUUCUUUUUGGGGGGUGGGGGAAGGGAGGGAGAAAUGGGAGUAUAAUAUUGUCUCUUUUAUAAGUUUGGCAAACAGAAUGUGCAUACUGAUGUGCUGUGCCUUAAAGACAAGACAAGACAGUGUUUGUGUGUUAAGAUGUAACUUUGGUUAAAAACUCUGUAGAUAAAGAAAAAAAAUACUUUUGUGAUAAUUCUUGACAUGACCAAAAUUCAAAUUCAAGUUAUCAAAGCUCAAGACUGAAUCAAAUAGCAAUUAAGUAUUUGUCACAGUGAGGGAGAGGGAGGGGGGAAAGGAAAGUUUGUGUUUUCAUUUGGAUUCCGAAUAAUUCCACUGAUAGUACCAGACAAAAUAAUAGCUCAUCCAAACAGAAGUAGAAAGUUUGGGGGAGAUUGUAAUGAUAUUGGGGACCUUUGCUUUGAAAGUGAAAUGGAUGUUUAAGUCUUGAGCACUUACUAUAUUUUUGCAUGAGAAAACCAAGGGCCAUAUUUGUGGUUAUUUUGCACUGUUUUGAGUUCUUUAGGGAUGUGUGUCAUGGAGGGAAAACUACCCUCAUGAAAAACCAAUAUUUGUCACCCAAGAACAGGUCUUCUGACCCUGUUUAUAGAGUGAGCUGAAGUAGAAAAGCAAGGUAAAUUUGUAUUCCCCCUCCCCCAAAACAGAGUGUCUCCAAUUGUUUAAGUGAGAUACAUGCCCCUAAUAUGAAAUGGCCUCUAGGGAAAGUAAAACUGUGUGAGCUUUCCAUAGAGGAGUAUGAGAUAAUUCAACAUAUCACACUGAUCUUGGCAAUGUUAUAGAAAUGAUAUUUUAUUAGAGUCAACCCUGUUCUUAUAUUUUUUUUCAUUUAUCUUUUGACUUUUGAAGGCUUGUGUGUUACCCUUUUCUUUCUCUCUGGGUCUUGUAAAAGUACAAAGAGAAUCCUCCUCACUUGUGCCUGUGUGCUUGCUUCCUUUUCAUGAAUGACCCAGAUUGGUAAUACAGUAGAGGUUCUCCUGUUGCUUUCUGAUAUUUUCCCCCUGAUGGUCCUUAUUUCAGAGUCCAAAGAAAUCAAAGUAUCUGGGUGAUUCUUGUACCCACAGUUCUCUGUUAAAGGUUUGUCUAAUGUUCAGCCACCUAAGUGAUCCUACUUUAUCAACUGGAAGCCCAUGACUCACUACGCCAGUUUGAGAUUUAAAGUGACAAACUUUCAUGGCUUAGAGAAUGAUGAUACCAGUCUAGUGACCCAAAUAUGAUUUUAGAAAAAUGCCUUUACGUUUCUAGGCUGAAAAUGGGCCUUUUGUCUACAAAAGCCAGAGAGAGAAUGAAAUCAAGUUGUGUAGAAGACUGUCAAGCCACCAUAAAACCUGAACUCAAGCUUUGAAUUUUGUACUAUUUGAAUAUUUUUAUCCCUGGCAUACCAGCCCUCAGUAGAGCUGAACUGAGGAAACUUUGUACAAGUUCUUCGGCUUGAAAUAGUUUAACAAAGUGAAACCAUUUUACCCAGUAUUGAAGUCAAUUUACUAAGCAUGAGAGAGAUCUCAUGUAUGGAAAUCCUAAAAGACUUAUUCCUGCAAGUCAUAAAAACCUUAUACAAUUGCUCAGUAGACACGCGUGAAUGACAGUAUUCUAAUAAUGCUAAAUCAAAAGCUUGCAUUCUUCUCCAUGCUAAGAAAGGAAUUCUAAUGUUGCCAAACUGCAAGGAAUGUUCCUAGAAAGGGUAAAGAAACAGAGAGCUUGUGGCACCUCUAAUUUCUGGUUUAUAUGUAUCUUAUUCACUAUGUCAUGCUCAAAACAGACUGAGAGCCAUCACAGCAAAGAUGAGAUUGACAACAAUUGGUUCCUCCAUUUAUACAUGAGGGCAGUCGAGCACUGCAGUGAAUCAGACUUUGAAUAUGUUUCAAACUGUAACUUUAUCUUUCUGAUAUUAGGCAAAGAAUGUCCCCUAAUCCUAACAAACAGACACACAUUUGCACGUGCAUAUAUGCAGACAUAUAUACACACAAUUCCCCUUUCUAAACUUAGAAAAAAUAAAAGAAAAAAUGGUGGCAAUUGCCACAUACUAUUUAAAUAUUGGAGAUUGUGCCUUAUUGUUAUAACUAUUUUGAAUGACAUUCUAUAAAUGAAGUGGGUCUUCAACUACUGUACAAAUAUGGACUUUGUAUAGUACUAGAAAUAAUAACCAUGUUUAGUAUUGCACUUCAGGAUAUUAAUAAAGUAUAAUUACAGUAACCAAAUUUAGGUGGUCAGUACCUUAGGAUAUGGAAGUAAGUUAAUUUAUACCAGUAAAAUUGUAUAGAUCAAGGCCGGAGGUAACAUCAUUUAGAAACACAUGCAAUUUUAUGCACAGAGAAAUAGGUAGCGAAUGUCACUCUGGAUUUGAUUAUCUUAGUCUCUUCUAAAAUGAAUAUGUGAAAUAGCAGCCAUAGCAUGUUUCCCUAUGAAUUUGCUUCCCUCUCAGCACACUUGCUUAAGACAAGCCUACAUUCUGAGUGAAUAUGGUUAUUUAGUCUCUCUAAAGGAAAACUUAAGCAUCAUGAGCCAAAGCUGCAUUUUGACUCCCAAUAAUAGAAGCAUUUUGGAAAUCGUAACUAAUCAAAAUUGAGGGUCUCUAUCAUGCAUUAUUAGUAAGGUAUAGUUUAUAUCGGGGCCUACAUAAUUUAAAGAAAUGUAAAUUAAUAUUAAAAGCUUGUAAAAAUAUGUACAUCUUUACUAUUUCUCAAUAAAUCCAUUUGGAAAUGUUGUCAUUUUCUGCACCUU